AUGGAGCUGAAACCUUUAUUGAAGAAGCUGGGCUCAAUAAUUCGUGCCGUCCUCACUUUCGUCUUUGCUCUGCUGGUUCUGGGCGUGAUGGUGUGGGCCUAUGUGAAGGGUUUCCAGCUGGUCACCUCCAUGUAUGGAAUCAUCUCCUUUGGCUUUUAUGGACUGCUACUCUCCCUCCACCUGCUGGUCCAGGGCUUCUUUGCCUUCGUUGAGCACCGGCGAAUGAAAGCUCGCACAAAUCCGUGCACCUUGACCAAAACUAUUGGCUUCACGAUAUCAGCUUACCAGGAGGACCCUGUCUAUCUGAGAGAGUGCCUCAACUCCAUCAGGGCCCUCAAGUACCCCCCUGAGCUGCUGCGCAUCAUCAUGGUGAUAGACGGGAACUUAGAUGAUGACCAAUACAUGAUGGACAUGUUCAGAGAGGUGUUUGCUGACCAGGACCCUGGCUGUUACGUGUGGAGAAACAACUACCAUACAUGGGACCCCACCCAAGCCCAGAAGGAUGUGGAAAUGGCUACAGAAAUGAACCCUGGAGGGGAUGCUGAUUAUAUUAUAGGAGAGGAUCCACAGAGAAAAGAUGUAGAGCACUUGAUCCAGAACAAGAGGUGUGUGUGCAUCAUGCAGAAGUGGGGCGGCAAGCGGGAGGUGAUGUACACAGCGUUUAAAGCACUCGGGUCGUCAGUUGACUAUAUACAGGUGUGUGACUCAGACACAAAGCUGGACCCUCUGGCCACCGUGGAGCUGUGUAAAGUGUUGGAGAGCAACCCCAAGUACGGUGCUGUGGGAGGAGAUGUGAUGAUCCUGAACCUGAAGGACUCUUACAUCAGCUUCAUGAGCAGUCUUAGGUACUGGAUGGCUUUCAACAUCGAGAGGUCCUGCCAGUCCUUCUUCGACUGUGUGUCCUGCAUAAGUGGUCCUUUGGGUCUGUACAGGAACGAUGUCCUUCAGCAGUUUCUGGAGUCCUGGUACAAUCAGAAGUUUCUGGGAACCCACUGCACAUUUGGUGAUGACAGACAUCUUACCAACCGUAUGCUGAGCAUGGGUUAUGCUACAAAGUACACAGCCCGCUCCAAAUGCUACACGGAGACACCUGCUCAGUUUCUGCGCUGGCUCAACCAGCAGACUCGCUGGACAAAAUCCUACUUCCGCGAAUGGCUCUACAAUGCAAUGUGGUGGCACAAGCACCACCUCUGGAUGACCUACGAGUCCAUCGUCUCAGGUAUUUUCCCCUUCUUUGUCACUGCCACCAUCAUCCAGCUGUUUUGGACAGGCACGCUGUGGGACCUGCUCUGGAUCCUGUGCUGCAUCCAGCUGAUCGGGCUGGUGAAAGCGGCGUACGCCUGCAUCCUGCGCAGAGACAUGGUGAUGGUGUUCAUGUCCCUCUACUCGGUUCUGUACAUGACCAGCUUGCUGCCUGCUAAGUACUUUGCCAUUCUCACCAUGAACAAAAGCAGCUGGGGAACAUCAGGCAGGCGUAAAAUUGUGGGCAACUACAUGCCCCUCCUGCCUCUGUCAGUAUGGGCGGCCAUCUUAUUAGGUGGGCUCGGUUACACAAUCUACAAGGAGAGUAAACUGGACUGGUUAACUCCAGCCAAGGUUCUGGAGACCAGGUUUCUUGUUUUUGGCUGUGUGGCCUACAUAUGCUACUGGCUGCUCAUGAUGCUCCUUUACUGGGUGUGGUUCCGCAGGUUAUGUAGGAAACGUGCCCAGAGUUACAAAGUCAGUGUGUAG